AUGGGUGCCCUCAAGUAUGUCGAAGAGCUUCAAAAGAAGAAGCAGUCCGAUGUUCUGCGAUUCCUCCUCCGAGUCCGCUGCUGGGAACUUCGUCAAUUGAACGUCAUCCACCGCGCUUCGCGUCCCUCGCGCCCCGACAAGGCCCGCCGCCUCGGAUACAAGGCCAAGCAAGGCUAUGUCAUCUACCGUGUGCGUGUCCGCCGCGGUGGUCGCAAGCGGCCCGUGCCUAAGGGUGCCACUUACGGCAAGCCCACCAACCAGGGUGUGAACCAGCUGAAGUACCAGCGAUCUCUCAAGGCCACCGCUGAGGAGCGUGUCGGCCGCCGCUGCGCCAACUUGCGAGUUCUCAACUCGUACUGGAUCAACCAGGACUCCACCUACAAGUACUACGAGGUUAUCCUCGUCGACCCUCAGCACAAGGCCAUCCGCCAGGACCCCCGCAUCAACUGGAUCGUCAACCCCGUGCACAAGCACCGCGAGGCCCGUGGUCUCACCGCUACCGGCAAGAAGUCGCGUGGUCUCAACAAGGGCCACCGCUACAACAAGACCAAGGCUGGUCGCAGAAAGACCUGGAAGAGACACAACACCCUCUCCCUAUGGCGUUACCGAUAA